UGGAUGGAACGUGCUUGUUGCGUCUUUGGCUUUGGCGCUACAUACGAGGAAAAGAAGAGCUUGACCUCAUCAAUUUCGCAUGCCGUAGUCAAACCUGACUUCUUCAACAAUCCUUCAAAUUCUCCGACCCGAACUGCACAAAACCUUUCCGUGUCGAUUGCGACGCAGUACUCACCUACUCUCAGCUUCCAAACACCAGAUCCAUCCUUUGUUUUGACCUCGCGGGGUCCAUUGAUACUCGAUCGUCAUGUCGUCCCAGCCUCUUCUUCAGACCGCGCCUGGCAAGAGAAUUGCUCUUCCCACCCGCGUUGAACCCAAGGUCUUCUUCGCCAACGAGCGUACCUUCCUCUCAUGGCUCAACUUCACCGUUAUCCUCGGCGGCCUCGCAAUCGGUCUUCUCAACUUCGGUGAUAGGGUCGGCCAGAUCAGCGCUGGGCUGUUCACCCUCGUAGCUGUGUCGGCCAUGUUGUAUGCCCUUGUCACAUUCCAUUGGCGCGCGAAGAGCAUCCGCCAAAGGGGGCAGGGUGGUUUCGAUGACAGACUCGGCCCUACUCUUCUCACGAUUUUCUUGUUCGCCGCUGUCAUUGUCAACUUCAUCCUCAGGCUCACUGCUCCCGGAAAUGGAAAAUAAAUAAACCGACGAACCGAGUCAAGGACGACAGGAGAACAACGGGCAAAGAAGAGUUGGGUUGAACGGAAAGUACGGACGAGAGGACUACACAGAGAUCGCCAUGCGGGCCGGCAACGGCAUAUCGCGAUUUCAAUGGAGGCCAUAGUGCCAGGUUGCAGUAGACUGCGGUAUACGCAACGCGAGCCGCACGUGUUGUCAUAUUAUAUUGUUUUGGUUCCAAAGUAUGUUUAUCUGUAUUGCGUUGAUUUGUUUGAUUAGGUCUAAAAGGCUACAUUGUUUGAGCGCAUGGGUUUAUGAGUCGGAUUCAUUUAGCCUACUAGGUCAAGAAUCUAAAUGCAU